CUUCCGGUGACCCUUCUCGUAGUUUCCUGCCUGUGAACGACCUCACGUCCUCAAACGACUAGCAGCUGAAGCUGAAGAGCUGGGACUUCUGUCCUCUGAAGGGGUUUUUUGGUGAAUUUUAGAGGUGUAAUCAUGGUUUUCGAGAUGAAGAUGCUCACGUACGGUGACCCCGACGACGAGGAGGAAGAUGCGCCUGCUGAGGAGGAAGAGGCGGCAGAAGAAGAAGAAGAAGAGGAGGAGGAAGAAGAGGAAGAUAUGGUGGAUCCCCUAGAAACGAUACGAACAAAGUGUGAGCAGACCGAACACUGUGUGCACUACAGGGAGCGUCUGGAGACCUGUGAAGCCAGAGUCGGCUCCAGAUCCAGCACCGCUGAGGAAUGCACAGAAGAACUUUUUGACUUCCUGCAUGCACGGGAUCAUUGUGUGUCGCACAAACUGUUCCACAAUGUGAAAUGAAACGUCCUGCCCAGCUCCCACCACUACCAGCUGUAAAAUCUAUUUAACCGCUAACAUUGUAUGAUAAUGAGGGCCGCUCUGUUGUUCUUCUUGUGUGUAAUAAUGUAAAUGAAGUUUCUUGGUUUCCUGGGCUAAGUACAUGCUAUAUUUCUGAAGACAGGGUCAGAAGCAGUAUGUACAAUAUGAGUCGCUGCUUGUAGGUAAUGAGUGCAUCAAAGUUGUUUACGGUUGCGCAAAGAAAGGGGCUCAAACUAACUCUCACUGUGGUCAGUUAUUAUGCAAAAGCAAACAUGUUGCUCUGGCAAUGCAUACAUAUACACUCAGGUUUGGUCAUGGAUUUCAUCACUCUGACUGACAAAUAAAGGUAUUUUGGUUUCCAGUA